AGGUCCUAAAGUUAAAGGUACUGCAUACGGGAAAAUAUCGGCGAAUUUGUGAACGGGAAGACAAUAAUUCAAUGGCAGUAUAUUAAUGAAGAUUUUGAUAAAAUACAAGAUAGUUCACGUACACUGUUUAUAGUAAAACUUGGCCAUUCAAGUAUAUAAUACAUAUUCAACUUUUUUUUUAAAUUAUAAGUUUAAUCUGACUUUAAAGUUACAUGCAAUUUAUAUAUCUUAAUUGUAAUGGAUUUACACUUACAUUUCAUAACUUAUCAAUACUAAUUAAUACUGAUUUUUUACACUUCCAGUACAACAUACUCUCAGACUGUCUCUAAAACAAUCUUUUUUUUACCAAGACCAAAAACAUUGUUUUUAAUAGAUGUAUUUUUAUCAUUCUGCAAUCAAGCUAUUGAAUGAUUUACUAUUCACGAUAACAGGAAACAUAUGUCGUAAGGCUGAAUAAAUGGUAAGAAACAUUGAGUCAAUCAUUUUUGUGACAAUACUUUAUAAGACAAAUAAAAUCUACUGAUAUUACUUCAUAUCUACAAAAUGAAGACUUUCUUAAGUGUUGCUAUUUUGAAUGAUUUUUAUAUGAAUGUAUGUUGUUGAAUGUGUAUAGCUUGCAUGCAUUGAGGUCAUCAAUAACACAUAUCUUUCAAUUAUUUUAUUAUUUUUAUUAUUAUUUUAAUUUGACUAACAACAACAAAAAAACAAUCCAAGAGGAUGUCAUAAAAACAUCAAUUUAGAUCGCAAUGAACAAGUCAGUUGUAGUAUUAUCAGAUACACGAUGCGAAGUUUAUUCGCUCAAUUAAACCAAUCCUUUUCUUCCAUAUUCAGUCCUAUUUAGAUUCAAUAAGAUCAAAUAUUCCGAAAUCAAACUUUUUUUGUUUACAAAUCCUUCAGGCCAUUUAAAUGACCUUAUGUAAAGGUUUUGAGAAAAUAUGAGGACGGAAGAGUGUCUAGUUUAUUAUUUUAAAUGUCAGAUUAUAAAAAUCAAUGAAAUAAGUAUUUUCGAAAAAAAAAUCUAUAUUUACAUGAAAACGAAAGUACAAUGAAAACGAAAGUAAAAUGAAAACGAAAGUAGAUGGGUUUUUUUUUUUUUUACAUCAUUCAUAUUUAAGAAAACAUUGAAGCAAGUAACAUAUAAAUUCAUGCGGUUCUGUUUUAUAUAUAUUUAUACGCCUUCAGCAGCAGUCGCUUCUUUGAUCAGGAGGAAGAACUCUUUGAUACAAUAAUAUCAAUUGCAUUUCUUACUGAUUGUGAAAAGUGCCAUGCGUGUGAGUGUAUUUGUAAUACUAUAUCAUGUAUAUGUGUUGAUGUCACAGUUUGUCAGAUGUAAUGUGUUUUGGACUUUGGACACACACCCUGCAACUUUUGGACAGAAUAUUCGAUUAACAUGCAAUACAGGAGACAACUUAAUAAAAUCUAAGGACUGUCCAGUUCGUCAGUGGUCAGGUGGACCUCAACAUAAAGGACUUGUUUACAAUGGGUUCUCAUCUGACAACCAUAAAUAUGAAGAAUAUUUAAAUUCACAACCAAAUAAGUUUUCAUUAAUUAUAAAGAAUUUAACAGAAUCAGAUGUAGAUGCUAGUUACACCUGUGCAUGCGGCUUUAAUACAUUCACAAAGACGUUGAUGCUGGAAGGCAAUUUAUUUUAUUAUCCUCCAACUGGCAUUUAUGCCUUAUUUACUGUUGCCAAUCGCAAGUUGCGAAUACGUCUAGAGAUUGACAAAGUGUAUCCCGUACCAAACUGUUCCCUUCUGAUAGGAGCAAGUAGAAAAAACAACAGUCUUAUUUCAAGGACAAUAGAAAAAACGUAUAACAGACACGUAGUUUACAGCGUCAAGUACCUGUAUAAAACAGAUUAUACAUUUGAAAAUAUGGACUGUGAUAAGCUUCCAAUGAUAAAUUGUUCAUUUGGUGAAGUGGCAGAACCGGUGGUUUUUAAGGGAAACGGGACUUAUAAAUGUUCAGGUGACAAAAGCAAGACAAAGGUCUCGGAUAAUAUACCGUAUGCCUUUAGUAAUGACGUUCAAACUAAGGAAGCAGCUUCAGUGACAGUUGGAAUCAUUGUUAUCGUAUCUGCAUUUUUGGCUAUUUUGAUAUUCAUUAUAGUUCUUUUUUUAAAUCGGAAAUCCAUACGAAGAAGAUGCUUAAACAACCAUCAAGAUUCGAGUGAAAAUGUCACAAAUGACAAUCUAAUUCCUGAAGCAAAUAUUGUUUUAAAUGUUUCACAAACUUGAUAUCAUAAAAAAGACAUAUAAUUGUCUAAACAAAAUUAAAACAAAAUGAUUA